GAGGAAAAUAUUCAUGAAAGAUUUAAAAUUCUUGGCCGGCUAUCAAAUUAUUUUUUAUUUUAGUGUGAACAAAGACUACCCUUUUGUUUAAUUUUUUUAUAGUUAAUUCUCUAGAUCUUCCAUCGGAGAGAUGUUUAAGAAACGAAGAAAAACAUAGUAACAGAGAUCCUCUGUUCUCAAAAAAAAAAACAAAUACAGAGGAAGAGGAAGAACAGAGUACCCUCCGAAGAUGAGGCUGUUGAAGAGAGCUUCUGCGGUUUUGAAAGACAAUAAUAGCAUCUGUCUUGCAAAGCUAUCAAGAAAAACCUCUUUUCGACACCCAGAUCUUGAAUCUGCGCUGAUCAAAGCUACAAGCCACGAUGAAUCCUCCGUCGAUUAUAAGAAUACGCAGCGAGUCUUCGCUUGGGUACGCACCUCUUCCUCUUUCAUCAAACCUUUUAUAUGGGCUCUUACUAAAAGAAUGGAGAAGACAAGAAGUUGGGUCGUUGUGAUCAAGGGCUUAAUGCUCUUACAUGGGAUUUUUUGUUGUAAUCUUCCUUGUGUUAGAAGAAUUGGUCGGUUACCAUUUGAUCUUUCUAAUUUCACUGAUGGUCAUUCAAAAACAGAGCAAACAUGGGGAUUUAAUGCUUUUGUUCGUGCUUAUUUUGCUUAUCUUGAUAAGAGAUCGUUUUAUUUAACCUGUGAUGCACCAAUGGAUGAUCUAAAAGAUGAGAAAGAUGUAGAUGGCUCUAUGGUAAAAGUGCUUCUUGAAUUGCAAAGAUUGCAGACAUUGCUAGAUAUGCUCAUCCAGAUUAAGCCUUCUGCGGAUGGAAUGAAUGUUCGUCUAGUUUUUGAAGCCAUGGAUUGUAUUGUCAUUGAGAUCUUCGAUAUAUAUAGCAGAAUAUGUCGCGGUAUUGCCGGUGUUCUUUUGGGGAUAUUUAAUGCAGGGAAGAUAGAGGCUUCUAUGGCUCUUCGUGUCCUGCAGAAGGCGGCAUCUCAAGGGGAAGAACUCUCUUUGUAUUUUGAGUUCUGUAAAGAUUUUGGGGUUAUUAAUGCAUCUGAAUUUCCCAGAGUUGAGCAGAUUCCAGAAGAAGAUAUUCGAAUUCUCGAGGAAAUGAUAAAUGGAAAAGUUUCAGAGAAGAAGAACAAUGGUGAUAAUAAAGCUAUCGUGCCAAUAGAUAAUCCAUCCACUGUAAAACAGGAGGAUCCAGAUGAAUCUUCGAAGACCAUAGUGACCCAGAAUUGGGUUGUCUUUGAUGAUGAUUUCAAGAACAAAGGAAGUGCAGAUGAAUUCUCAAUUUUUGGAGGAGUUGAAAAGACAACAAAUUGUAUAGAUCCUUUUGCAGCUUCACUAAGUUGCCCUCCUCUUUUAUAUGGUUAUAACAGUGACCCUACUAUUGUAUCAAAUGGUUUCCUGCAGUUGGGGCAUUACUUCAAUCCAAUUCCAACAGCUGCUUCAACUGCUGGAAACCAGAAUACUUGGAUUGUCUCUCUUUGAGGAGAACAGAGUCCUUUGUUUUGUUUUGUUUUGAUUUUUUUUUUUUUUUUUUCAUAAUCUCAUCUUGUGUCUUGUGGGAUUUAAGGUACUUUAAUACAACAAAAAAUGAAAACUUGAGUUAUAAGUAA